AGGGACAAUUAAAGCCAGAGGGGGCAGUAUUGCCAACGGACCCUUUGGUUUUGGAAGCGAAGAAGACCCAUAUCGCACAAUAGCGUUUAAGCUAACGCCACUGACACAGAAUUCGAUCCAGAAUAUGUAUAAACGUGUACUUUCCCAUAAAUCAACUUUAAAGAUAUGAACAGGAAACGAGCUCUUAUUUCCGACACUUUUAAGGUGAAGAAAAGACGAACUGGUACCGAGAAGUUUGGAGUCAAAAGUGAUGACCAAGGUCCUAUCGACGUCAGGAGUAGCCUGGAAUACCUCAUGACGUUGUUCCCCAGAAAAGUCUUCAAUGACACCUUGCCUCAAAUUGUACUGAAGCACCAACUGUACAGCAUUCACCAGGACAAGACUCUGGUGGACAAGGAAGUGAAUAAACUGCGUGAGGAUGGGGAGCUGCUCAUGUUCCAGCUCGGCUUCGACAUGGAGGCCUUUGGGCUGGUUUUCACUUCGGACUACAAGACCAAAGUGCUGGCGGGAGAGGAGGGCCGAGAGACCAGAGGGACCGUGGACAAGUUCUUGGAGAAGGCCCUGACGCCUUGCACGGAUCUCAGCUUCAACAAGGACAAGAUGCUCAGGGAGUUCCUCUUCACGGACACUGAAAUCACGCAGCUGGUGAAAGCCGGGGUCUUGACGGUGAGGGAUGCAGGCAGUUGGUGGCUCUCUAUCCCCAACUCUGGCAAAUUCACCAAGUACUUCAUACAAGGUCGUAAAGCCGUUUUGGGCAUGGUGAAGAAGUCCAGAUACAAUGAGGUGUUAAAGGCUGAGCUGGAGGGGCGGCGGACUCCCUCGCAAGUGAAAUUCCACAUCAAAUACCACAUCCAUGAUCUUGUUGGCGCCGAGCUGGUGGACAGCAUAACAACAACUUCAGGGACCUUGUUACGAUUUGUUGACGUCUGAAUGAAAUCAUAUUGACAUCCAUCUGUGUUAAACGUCAAGGAAACAAACCCUGUGGGUUUAUCAAAUGAAAACGGUUUCAAACCUUGUCAGGUUUUGCAUUUUUUAAAUAAAAACAAACUUCA